CAACACUUCGACUGUGCUAAUUUGUAAAGUACAACCCUUCAGUGCAGUGACGAAUCGUGGAAAGAUAACCUUAGCUCCAAAUCUGUAAGAGCUAUGUCUGUCGAACUAAACGGGACAUAUUGAAUUAUUUCUUUGAUCCAGUUAAACUGUUAUGGAACCUUCUAAUCCUUCAGGACCGACCACGAAUCCAACGAAUCAAGUUAAUACUACGAUUGUGAACGAAGUGCAGGAAUCUUUACAAGGAUUAUCUGUAGCGGAGGCUGCAGACCAGGGAGCAGCUGUGAAAGAUGGAGCAGUGCAUAAGAAUCUGACACCAGCAACAUCACCCAAUCCAUGGUCCGAUGGCGAGAGGCACUUCACCUCAACAGCACGGGAAAGGGAAUUGGUAUUGGUUCCUACAGAUGUUGAAGAUGAGGAGUCGGAGCCUAGGGCAGACGAUGAAGCUGAAGCUCGCCAUAUUCUACACACUCCAGAUCCAUCGACAUUCGACCGAUAUGUCACUGGCGGAUUUGCAACAGAUCCCCAGGCCUCAGCACCACUUGUGGCUCCUCCUCCAGCAACGGAGAUAUUGCAAGAGUUCGAUCCAUUAGCUGAUCAAGAAGAAGAACAUGCAAAGAAAGCUUGGGAAGAGAGCGAGGGACAUCCCGCGCCUCCUGUUCCGCGUGAUAGGAUAUCUUCGCCUCCUCCUCCGGUACCACUGAAAGAUCUGCCGUCCCCAUCGCCAAUCCCAAUCCCAUCAGCGCAGAGCUCAGGAGGAUUCCAAUCUUCCUUAGUUGCUCUUGCGCGCUCGUUUUCCAUACCAUCUUUAACUCGUUCUCCCAAAUCGAAAGGCAGGCCGCUGUCAAUGGACGUCGCCAAACCCGUUCCGUCUCCUGAUACCAUAUCUUCCUUUGCUACCCAACAGGCCAAGCAACCGGAGUCAAAUGAGAGGAAGCCAGAGUCACCAGAUCGACAAGAGGAAGAAGAUUUUGAAGGAUCAGAUACUGGGUCUGAAGACUCCAGACCCGGCGACCCACCAUUUGAUUUUCAGAAGUUCCUUGACCAGAUGAAGAUGCGGAGUGCGGACCCGGUUUCAAAGUAUCUCAAAUCGUUCUUAAGUAAUUUCUCUAAACGCACCUUCACAGUGUCCGACCAGAUCAAGAUCAUUAACGAUUUCUUAAACUUCAUCUCUAAUCACAUGCGACAAUGCGAGCCAUGGAAGACCGCAUCGGAUGCCGAGUUCGACAAUGCCAUGGAAGGAAUGGAGAAACUCGUCAUGAAUCAGCUCUAUCAAUAUACUUUCACUCCUGCGGUAGCGAAAGACCUCAAUCCAAUAACAGGAUUACCUCGUCGACCUAUCUCGGUUGAUGAUCUCGAGCGCGAUCGUAUCCUAUCUGAGAGGAUAGCACUGUUUGGAUGGGUGGAGGAAAAGCAUCUGGAUAUUCCUGUGGAAGAAGGUACCGCGGGCUUCCUCAUGUUUGCUGAGCAAGAGUUGCUCAAGAUUGGACACUACAAGGCUCCCAGAGACAAGCUUAUUUGUAUUCUCAACUGUUGCAAGGUCAUCUUUGGUCUAAUACGACACCUUCAGAAAGAAGAAGGCGCGGACGCAUUUGUGCCCAUCCUAAUUUUCGUGGUGUUGAAAGCGAAUCCUGACCAUCUCCUUUCCAAUGUGGAGUUCAUCAAUCGAUUUAGAAAUCCAGACAAGCUUCGGAGCGAAGCAGGAUACUAUCUGUCGAGCUUGAUGGGCGCCGUGCAAUUUAUCGAAUCAAUGGACCACACAUCUUUAUCGAAUAUAACCCAAGAAGAAUUCGAGCAGAAUGUGGAAGCUGCAAUCCAAGAACUGCCUACCAACCCGGAUGGAACACCACGAGUGCUAUCUAUGGGAUCCUCAUCAUCCUCGUCUUCAUCGUCUUCAUCCCUUUCUUCAAUAUCCACACCGACACAGCGCAGCUCACCCCAUCUAGGCGCUGAAUCUGCGCAACCGCUUUCACUACCGUUAUCACAGAAUGUGUAUUCACAAGCACCCAUGGCACAACAGCUUUCCGAAGAUGCUCGUAGGCUUCUGCAGAAGACAGGCGACGCUGUCAGUAAACCGCUGAAUGCGAUUAGUAGGAUCUUCAAUGAAGCAUUGGACUUGGCUGAAGAAAACUUUGGUUCACCGGAAAGAUAUGCAAGCGCUUCGACAUCCAGAGCAGGUACACCUUCAGGUAGCGCUCCGUCCUUCCCAGUACCGAAUUGGCCUCAUCAAUUAGUGCCAGGAAUGGCCAGCCAAAGCCUUCCAGACUCUCGUUCAUCGUCCCCAGCAUCAUUUAUGGCACAAGGCGUAUACCAAACACCUGCUCCUUCCACUGAUGGAGGACCUCCCGUCCAAACGCCGUAUAAACCCCGCGUGCGGAGAGUUCCAUCACCAGGGGGCUAUCUAAACCAAGCGCAAGCUCCGCUAUAUGGUCAGAGCGUACUUUCUCCAGGGUACUCUCCCGGUUAUUCACCGGGAUACUCACCGGAAGACACACCAUCUCGUCCGAGACCGAGUGGCCAAGGACCUCAAACGCACUAUCCACUUGCAAUGGGCUCCUCUCAGCAGGUUCAACCUCCAGCUCGCGUUCAAUCUCUUCAUCCUUAUUACGACCAACCCGGUUCGCCUAAUCUAAAUCUAGGCUCACCCCUAAACUAUUCCCGUGCGUCCACUCCUGGCAGCGGGGACUUGGAUAUCGCGGGGAUGCAAGCAGAAAUUGAUACAGCACAUUCGCAGGCUACGGAGGCAUCGCGGAAUACUCUGUUCCAGAUAUUCCCUGGAGUUGAUAGGGAGGUUGUUGAGUGGGUACUGGAGGCGAAUGAAGGUGAUCUAGGAAAGAGCAUUGAACAAUUGUUAGAGAUGAGCGAGGGAGGCUGAGUGGAUAUGGAUUAAGAUGAUUAGUGUGGUAUACUUACAUUUGUACACGAAUCCAAAUUGAAAUUGAAUCAUGCAAAUCGCCAACUUUCGAGCUGGAGACCUACCACACCGUAAUUGAGGUGAGCCGAAGC